AUGGAUGAGGGUAAAAUAACUGGUCUUGUUUCUCUGGAUAUCAAGAAAGCAUUUGAUUCAAUUAACCAUCAAAUUUUAAUGUCAAAAAUGAAAGACCAGUUUGGUAUUCGUGAAAAUGAAUUGAAUUGGUUUACCUCUUACUUGACAGAUCGUCAGCAAGUUUGCUGUGUAAAUGACCAUAUAUCCUCUUGGAAAUCCAUAGAAAAUGGUGUGCCGCAGGGGUCCAUUCUCGGUCCUUUGAUGUUUUUAUUAUAUAUUAAUUAA